GUUGACGUUGUUUGGAAGUAGCAUGCGCACUGUAUGACGCAGUCUACUUAGGCUCCCUCAGAGAAUUCUGGAUUUCGUAUUUGAGACAUAGACAUAACAUUUUAACAGGAGUCUUUGAUCCUGGCUGGAUUCUUUUGCGAGUUACAGUAUUCAUACUCUUCCAUUGAUUUGCCGUAUACAGAUUGGGAUCUGUUAAACCAAAAAAGUGGCUCACUCCGCCAUUUUGCUUUGGAACAAAGGAAUUCCAAUGGCUCAGAUCACACUUGAUGCAACUGGGCUUGCGGAGUUGGCACAUCGAGAAUAUCAGGCUGGGGAUUAUGAGCAUGCUGAACAGCACUGUAUGCAGUUGUGGCGGCAAGAGCCUGACAAUACCGGAGUACUCUUGCUACUCAGUUCUAUCCACUUCCAAUGCCGACGACUUGAUAGGUCAUCAUACUUCAGUCAGCUGGCCAUCAAACAAAAUCCUAUGCUAGCAGAAGCCUAUUCAAAUUUAGGAAAUGUGUAUAAGGAAAGAGGACAGUUGCAAGAGGCUCUGGAAAACUACCGCCAUGCUGUGCGUCUGAAACCAGACUUCAUUGAUGGUUACAUCAACCUAGCAGCUGCACUCGUUGCUGCAGGAGACAUGGAGCAAGCAGUCCAAGCAUAUGUCACAGCUCUUCAGUACAAUCCAGAACUUUACUGUGUUCGUAGUGAUCUUGGAAAUCUGUUGAAAGCUUUGGGACGAUUGGAUGAAGCAAAGGCUUGCUAUUUGAAAGCCAUUGAAACGUGUCCAAAUUUUGCCGUGGCAUGGAGUAAUUUGGGCUGUGUGUUCAAUGCUCAAGGAGAGAUAUGGCUAGCCAUUCAUCAUUUUGAAAAGGCUGUUGCCUUGGAUCCUAAUUUCCUUGAUGCAUAUAUCAAUUUGGGAAAUGUUUUAAAGGAAGCAAGGAUAUUUGACAGAUCAGUUGCAUCAUAUCUGAGGGCAUUGAACCUCAGUCCUAACCAUGCAGUAGUCCAUGGUAACUUGGCUUGUGUUUAUUAUGAGCAAGGAUUAAUUGACUUGGCCAUAGACACGUACAAGAGAGCAAUUGAGCUGCAGCCCAACUUUCCGGAUGCAUACUGCAACCUGGCUAAUGCAUUAAAAGAGAAAGGACAGGUUAAAGAAGCAGAAGACUGCUACAAUACAGCCCUUCGCCUGAGUCCUACUCAUGCUGAUUCUUUAAACAAUCUGGCAAACAUAAAACGAGAGCAAGGCAACACAGAGGAAGCAGUCAGGCUGUACCUGAAGGCUUUGGAGGUGUACCCUGAGUUUGCUGUGGCUCAUUCAAAUCUUGCUAGUGUUCUUCAACAGCAAGGCAAACUACAUGAAGCACUCAUGCAUUACAAAGAAGCUAUCAGGAUAUCACCUACAUUUGCUGAUGCAUAUUCGAAUAUGGGCAACACAUUGAAAGAGAUGCAAGAUAUCCAGGGUGCGCUUCAGUGUUACACACGUGCUAUUCAGAUCAACCCUGCCUUUGCUGAUGCUCACAGCAACCUUGCUUCUAUUCAUAAGGAUUCAGGUAAUAUUCCUGAAGCCAUUGCAUCAUACAGAACAGCUUUAAAGUUGAAACCAGAUUUUCCCGAUGCCUACUGCAAUCUGGCCCACUGUCAGCAGAUUGUCUGUGACUGGACAGAUUACAACGGUAGGAUGAAACGCUUGGUACAUAUAGUGCAAGAGCAGCUUGAGAAAAACCGCUUGCCUUCUGUCCACCCUCACCAUAGCAUGCUGUACCCUCUGUCACAUUCAAUGAGAAAAGCCAUCGCUGCACGCCAUGCCAGCCUUUGUCUAGAGAAGAUUAAUGUUCUGCACAAGCCACCUUACCAGCAUCCUAAAGACCUAAGUGCUAGUGGAGGUCGUCUUCGUGUUGGCUAUGUUAGCUCAGACUUCGGUAAUCACCCAACCUCACACCUUAUGCAGAGUAUUCCUGGCAUGCAUGAUAGAAAGAAAGUGGAGAUUUUCUGCUAUUCCUUGAGUGCAGAUGACAGCACAAGUUUCAGAAGCAAGAUUGCAGUAGAAGCAGAACACUUUAUUGAUCUGUCAAAGAUUCCGUGCAAUGGCAAAGCUGCAGAUCGCAUUCAUGCUGAUGGUAUUCACAUUCUUGUCAACAUGAACGGCUAUACUAAAGGGGCACGCAACGAGCUGUUUGCUUUGAAACCAGCUCCUAUUCAGGUGAUGUGGCUUGGAUACCCUGGCACCAGUGGAGCAUCUUUCAUGGACUACAUUAUUACAGACCGCAUUACUUCCCCGAUGGAGUUGGCUGAUCAAUACUCUGAGAAGCUAGCAUUUAUGAGAGACACUUUUUUUGUUGGUGACCAUCGGCAUAUGUUCCCUCACAUGCUGGAUCACCUCGUUCUAAAAAUCGUGGAUGAGACCACUGGGGCUAGAUAUCACUGGAUAAUAAAUGGAAUGGAUUUGGAUGCUAUCAAAAAGCUUGCUGCUAAGAUAGAGGUUCAGACACAGAAAGCUCUUCCUGGAGCCACAACAGAUUUGCCAAAUGGUGACCAGCCUGAAGUGCGGACAGAGGUGAUUGAACUUCCUUCAUCUAUGGCACAGGCAGUGCAAACAAUGGUUAGCAACAGCCAGGCACAGACCGCUCUGGGCAAUGUGAUAGUGCAGAGCGGCCUCACCACCAAUCAGACAAAUAAUAAAGCUGCUACUGGCGAAGAGGUUCCACAGUGUGUUGUUUUGUCUGCACGUGCACAGUAUGGCUUGCCUGAAGAGUGUGUGGUCUAUUGCAAUUUCAACCAGCUGUAUAAAAUUGAACCUGCUACACUGGAGAUGUGGGUUCAGAUUCUGAAACAGGUGCCAAAUAGCAUCCUUUGGCUUCUGCGUUUCCCAGCUGUGGGAGAAGCAAAUAUAACACAGGCUGCCAACAUCUAUGGCCUUCCUGCGGGUCGCAUCAUCUUCUCUAAUGUUGCACCCAAGGAGGAGCAUGUGCGCCGUGGUCAGCUGGCUGAUGUCUGUCUUGAUACCCCUCUCUGUAAUGGACACACCACUGGCAUGGAUGUCUUGUGGGCAGGUACCCCAAUGGUCACUCUUCCAGGCGAGACUUUGGCAUCAAGGGUGGCUUCUUCCCAGUUACACUGCUUAGGAUGUCCUGAGCUGGUGGCCAAUUCUCGAGAAGACUACAUCAACAUUUCUGUCAGGCUAGGAACUGAUGUUGAAUAUUUGCGUGGAAUGCAAGCCAAGGUGAAACUAGCUCGAAGCAUGUCUCCACUUUUCAACACUAAAACAUAUGCCAACAACAUGGAGGUGCUCUUUCAAUGCAUGUGGGCUCAGUAUGAACGAAACGGCACGCCAACACAACUGACCAGCUACUCCAGCAGUCGUAGCCUGCAAACACCAAAUGGUCAUGCAGUCUGAAUUGUGCGUGUACCUAAGGAGAAAGGACUUUUCCAGCUGGUGUUAAGCUCAACACUAGCUAAGACUCUGUACGUUCUUGUGUGAAAGAACGAGGAGAGCAUAUUUGCAAUUAUGAGGCAUUUUGGAACCAUUUUUGACAGCACACUGGAAGUUUUAAACUUUGAAUUUUCAUGUUCCUGAAGAUAUUCUCAAGCCUGUCAGUGCAAGAAUCAAAAGAUUCAUCCAUGUUUGACUGUUACUGUUUAUGGGUCAAACCAGAAUUUUUUUCCUUGCACCAUGUUUUAAAUAAAAAAAAAAUAUCAUUUAUUAUGAAUUGAACAUUUUUGAAAUGGUUUCCACAUGCUUGGCAACAAGAACUGGGGUAUUUUUGGGGAGGUUUUUUUUUCUUUUUCUGGUAUUAUCAACAGAUUUGGUUUAAAGUACUCAAGAAAUGUUUUGCAACAUUUAUAUGCCACUCAACUUCAUUUUAUGAUUACUGAAGAGUUGAAAAUUUCAAAAAGCAUCCAGCAGGAGGUAUAGUACCCUCCCUGCCCUCCAUUUUUUUUCUGUUGAGGUGAUCAAAUUGCCAUUGCUGAGUGUUGCAUAAUUUAUUUGUACAUAAAAACCAGUUUGUAGUAUUGUCACAAGUUCUCUUUUGUUGAUAUGUGGGGUUUUCUUUUCUUUUUUUUUUUUUUUUUUUUGCAUUUAAGCAUUUUAGAUUAAAAAUUUUUUUUAAGGUGAUACAAGAUAUGGACAACCCUUAUAUUUUUCCUGGAGACUGUUGCACACUUUUGGUCACAUUUUCUUCUUGACUACAGUCCACUUGAGGCCUUUGGUUACAGCUCAUGAUGCAAUAGUGUUUAGUAAAUACCCCCAAAACAGUGUGAUAUACCUGAAGUAAAUCCAGUUCCAAUUGCAGCAAGUGUGCAAGUAUUUUGCAAAUAAAAUGUCUGUCAUGGAUAUCUGCAAAUGUCUCACUAUUAAGGAUCAGAUGUAUAUCCUAUUAGCAAUAUAUGGCAAGUUUUUUUAAAAAUUGAUGUAACAGUUUUAUUAAUGAAUCUUACUUAACCACUCUGCUGAUGGUGGAUUUGUUUUUAAGCAUUUGGUGGGGAUGGAGGGGGAUGUUUACUGGGUGAACUAAACACUUCGGUUUGUGGCUUACUAAUUUUAAAAGUUGACAGCAUGCAAAGAAAUGUGAGUUUUGCAUUCCUACAAAUAAAUGUGGAGGCAACA